GAGGGACGGGCCGGCCCGGGGGAACCGAUGGGGCCGAGCGGAGCGCGCUGGAAGAGCCAAGCGGCGCCCUCGGCCGGAGGAGGAGCGGGCGGAGAGCGGCGGCGGCGGUGGCCAUGCUGCAGGCGCCCUGGAGCAGGAACGCCACGCUGCGCGGGCAAGCGGGCGCCCCCCCGACGCCGCGCUCGCGCGGGCUGCUUCCCGGCGCCACGGAGCCCGCCGCGGCCGGAGCUCCUCCCGGCAGCCCCGCCGGCGGCGCGCCCAUGGUGGCGGCGGGCAGCCUGCUGUCGCUGCUGGUGGUGUGGACCCUCCUGGGGAACGUGCUGGUGUGCGCCGCCAUCGUGGGCUCGCGGCACCUGCGCGCCAAGGUCACGCACAUCUUCAUCGUCUCCUUAGCCGUCUCGGAUCUGCUGGUGGCGCUGCUGGUCAUGCCCUGGAAGGCGGCGGCCGAGGUGGCGGGCUACUGGCCCUUCGGCGCCUUCUGCAGCGUCUGGGUGGCCUUCGACAUCAUGUGCUCGACGGCCUCCAUCCUCAACCUGUGCGUCAUCAGCGUCGACAGGUACUGGGCCAUCUCCAGCCCCUUCAGGUACGAGAGGAAGAUGACCCCCCGCGUGGCUCUGGCCAUGGUCGGCCUGGCCUGGGCGCUCUCCAUCCUCAUCUCCUUCCUCCCCGUCCAGCUCAACUGGCACAAAGGCCCCGACCCGCGCGCCCCCUGGACCGCCAGCCCCGAGCCGGGGAGCUGGGGCAGCAGCAACGGCACGGCGGCGGCGCCGUCGGAGCAGUGCGACUCCAGCCUGAACCGGACCUACGCCAUCUCCUCCUCGCUGAUCAGCUUCUACAUUCCCGUGGCCAUCAUGAUCGUCACCUACACGCGGAUCUACCGGAUUGCCCAGGUGCAGAUCCGUCGGAUCUCGUCGCUGGAGAGGGCGGCCGAGCACGCCGAGAGCUGCCGCAGCGGCGGCGGGCGCCUGGACUGCGCGCAUCCUCUGCACCAGCCGCAGCACCACCACUCGGGCCUCAAGUCGUCGCUGCGCAAGGAGACCAAGGUCCUCAAGACGCUCUCGGUCAUCAUGGGGGUCUUCGUGUGCUGCUGGCUGCCCUUCUUCGUCCUCAACUGCAUGGUGCCCUUCUGCGACCGCUCCCCCGGCGACCCCGCCGCCGGCCUGCCCUGCGUCAGCGACACCACCUUCGACGUCUUCGUCUGGUUCGGCUGGGCCAACUCCUCCCUCAACCCCAUCAUCUACGCCUUCAACGCCGACUUCAGGAAGGUCUUCUGGCGCCUGCUGGGCUGCAGCCGGCCCUGCUCGGGCUCCCCGGGGGAGACGGCCAACCUCAGCCACGAGCUCAUCUCUUGCAACCAAGACACUUUCUUCUUCCGCAGGGAAGGCGCCGCCACCGAGGCGGACAGGAUCCCCAACCUGGGGGGCGGCGGCGGCGGCGGCUGGGGAGGCCCUUUCGACGGCGCGUCCCAGAUCUCUCCCGACCCAGAGGGCGCCACCGAGUCGGGCGACUGCGAGGGGGACAUUUCGCUGGGCAGAAUCUCCCCCCUCACCCCCACGUGUCUACUUUAGACUUCACCCCACUUGGGAAGAGCCUUUAAAAAAGGAAUCCUUUGGGCUUGGGGCAGACCCUAGUUGCGGCUCUCGAUUAUUCCUCUUGCCAUUAUUUAAUGCUAACCUGCAGGAAGUUCAUAAACCAGCAGUGAACUGGGAACAGAGAGAAGAGGGGGCAUUCCAGUCCAGUGGACGGGGGGGGGGGUGAAAGGCUGGGCUUACAAGGCCUGUCCAGAAGUGCCAAGGGAAACUGACAGGAGCGCAUUAAAAGGACAACUGUCCUCUCAGAAGACUGCUGUUUGGCCACAGUUUGGAUUUUACUCUGACCAAAGUCGGAAGGUGUCUCAAGCUACUGUUUUUCUGUUGUGUUUCUGUUCCUGCAACUCACACUUUGGUGGUUUUCUGUUUUGGGAAAUGGAUUUUCUUGCUGGUUCCUGGGAACCAAAAACAUCUAAAUUAUAUUGACAACCAGAUUUGAAACUUGCAGAGUUGAAUCAUUGAUAGUUAAUUGUCCAGCUGCUACACCUUAUAUUGAAUCAGGGAGGAAAAAGAGUUUGACACAAUACUGGUCCUGAGAAAGUCCCACUGAAAUGAAGGAGGUAUUGAGCUCAGGAGUGUUCUGGAGCAGAGCAGCCUCCAUUCAUUUCAAUGGAGGUGGUGCACUUCAUUAAGGGGGCAAUCCUGCUUUCCUGGGAGAGAGGCCCAUCAAAUUCAAUGGGGUUUACUUCUGAGCUUAGUAUUUAUUAGGACAAUCUUAUGCACACUUACCUGGGAAUAAUUCCUGUUGAACGUGACAGGACUUACAAAUAAGUAUGCAAGGAACACAUUACCUCCCUUUGCGCCCAGGAAUGUUCUCCUCUAUGUGAACUAGCACUCAUGUCCAGGAAUAAAGCAUACAACCUUUUUUAAUAUAAAAUAAAUGGUCAAUUGUCCAUUAAGGAAAUAAGAAUACUACUGAGGCAAAUCUGACCUACUCAUUUUAGUAUUCAUACAAUGUCAAGGUUCAAUAUUUAUAAUAAGUAACUUUCAAAUGUUAUAGCAAUUGCUCAGUCAUUUUUAGAUUUGUAGUGUAUAUUACUGCUGCAUUAAUAUUUCUCAGAACUAUCUAAAGACAUUAAAGUCUAUAGCCUUUUUGUUUUUUAACAUUUUGGCAUUUUCAUUUUACAUUUAGCCCUUAGGAGAGCUCUUAGAUGAAUUUUUGGCUUUAGGAGGGGCUUAUAUUCAUGUUUUGAGAAACAUUAUUUCAGAGGGUGUGGUUUUUUUAAUGUAUUCUAUUGAUGUAAAUGUUGGACACAGAUCAGCCAAUAUAAAGCACUUCUAAGCCCCACUGAGAGAUUUAGGCAGCCGCCCCAAACUCCCUUGAAAGUGUCUGUAAGUAAGUACGUAUAGGGGUUGUGCUGUUGGGCAUGUAUUUAAUUUUCUUAUUAAGAUAUAUGGGAAUUAGCAGUUAUGAACUUUAGCUGUGUCAGACCCAUUAUAAACAAUUCCAGCAUUAUGUGGAAUAUAAUUGGUCUCAAGACCAUGAACUAAGGAACAGUUUUUUUCUGUACCUCUGUGGGAGUGAUUCCUAUUACCCACAUUCAUCGUCAAGUUUCAUGGUGCUGUUUUGUGUAUAUGAAUCGUGUUUUAUUGUAAGCCACUCUGGAAUUGUUUCUAAUGGAGAAUGUGAUCAAAAUAUUUAAAACAAGUGAGUGAAUGAUUAAAUAAACAUUCACACGACUGAGCUGCAAUCAGAUACAUGUUUACUCUGAAGUAAGUUUCACUGUAGGACCACAGUUAAAGGUACUCAGAAGUAACUCUAACUGAAAUGAAGAGUUGUGUCCUUCUGAGAGAGAUGGUUGUUGGCCCAUAAGUGGUAUACCAAAGUAGCAUGAAUGCUGUAUAUUUUUUAAAAAAUAAAAUAAAAGCACAAUGCCCACUGUUCAUUUGCCA